AUUAUCAACAAAGAUAUAUAUCGAUAUGUUGAUAUCUCUCCCCAGAUUACACUGCACCCGACAGUGAAAAGGCGAAAUUGGUAAUUAUCUUUUCCAAAGAAAUAAUUGACACGGAGACACGAGCAAGCGAAAGUUGAAAGACAGCAAAGCAAAGGUGACAACGCAAGCAAGACGAAAAAAAAAAACGAGCGACGUAUACGUAUAAUUUUGAUCAAAUUAAGUUUUCGAGAACGACGCCGCUAUCGCUAUGUCAUGCCGCGCACCCUUCCAACCCGAAGACCAGUAUGAGCAACUACGUCGACCGAAUACCGGGGGCAAUGUCGCCGCCGCCGCCGCUGGCUUGGCCCAUGGCGCCGCCAUCCCCCUAGACCAACAGGCGCACCUAUUCAACGAUUAUGGAGGAGCCGCGGGCUAUGCCCAGAGUGAGUACGCUCCUGGCCAGGCUGUCGGUUACGCACAGGCCCAGGCCCAGGCUUUGUCUGAGCUGGCCAGCGGCUUUGACGGCUCGUCGAAACUGUCGGCGGCCGCCACUAUUUUUAUACCGAGGGCAGUCGCGCCCCAACAGCGACACCAGCAAUAUCAGCAGCAGCACCAGCCCGGAGGAUCAGCGCCUUACGGUCAGCAGCAGCAGCAACGCUAUGUCAAUGGCUUCAAGCAUCAUCAUCAGCACCAGCAGCAGCACCAUCAUCAGCAGCAUCAGCAACACUACAAUAACCAUCAUCACCACCAGCAUCAGCAAAAGUUUAAGAACGAUAUGCAAAAUCUCCCGAAUUCUCUCCAAAGUCGUCUGAACAUAUCCAAUCAGCAGUCUUCGAACAAUGGCUCAAUGGGGGGCAAUUACUAUCAGCAGCAGGUACAGCAGCAACUGCCACACCAACAGAACACACAACAUCAACACGGGAAAUUCCAACGUUACACUCAUUUAAAUAAUUCAUUCCAACACCAUCAGCAACAGCAGCAACAACAGCAGCAGCAGCAGUAUUUCCAAAAUCAACAGCAGCAGCAGCAGCCGCAAGCCUCCACUUCGUCCGCAGCAGCCUCGUCCUCGUCGUCGUCGACCGCGUCGCAGCCGGACAUGGCUACCAUUGCAUUGGAGUAUCUCGAUACAGUGAUACAUUGCCUUAACCAGAAUCCGGGCCAAUUUGAUACAAUCGCAUCACGUUUCCUAACCAUUUUCGACGGCAUGGAGAACAACCACUACGUGCUGUCGAUCGCCAUGGAGGAUAUAUUCGAGAAAUCCAUCGAGCAGCCAAACUUCCGAUACAUGGGGGCCAAGCUGUACAAUUUGUUGCAUAUGCUGAACCCCAAGCCGGACUCGCUAUUCCACACUCUGCUCAAAUUGAAGCUCGACUACCACCAGGAGGAGGUGUCCAAGUAUAUGACUUCUGGCGAGCAGCAGAAGGUGCGCGAGACUGCGCUCUUCCUCGCCGAGCUGUACAUGCAGCUCCGUGGGGACGACGAUGCCCGUAUCCAACUCAUUGCCGUUAACAUUGUGUACUCUCUGACCAAGCUCCUGGCCUCCGAAAGUGCAGAAAACGUGCGCUGCAUUUGUCAGACCCUAAAGCUGGCCGGCUACGACCUCACCGCCGACUGCCCAAAAGACAUGCUGAUUAUAAUCACAGCUCUGAAAGAGAUUGAACUGAAAUCCCCCGGCAAGUAUGCAAUGGCCGCUAGUGUCAUUGCCUUGCAGCAGAACAAUUGGGGCCGCAAGGUCUCCAAUGCCCUCGGUGGCGAGGAGGACACUGUGGCAGAGCCACCGCGCCUCAGCGAUGAGCCCGUUUUCUACGGCCCAGAUGGCCAUGAGCUGACUGCCGAGGAGACGGACUUCCUUGCUGCCGAGGACGAUGCCAAUGGCAGUGAAGGCGACGAGUUCGAUGUACGGGACGGCGACCUGGAUCUCGAUCCCGAAAUGGACGAGGAGACCGAGCGCGCGUACAAGGACUUCUGCAAGCAGGGACAGCAGCAGGCGCAGGCCCAGGGCCAGUCGAAUCGCAAAACUUAGACGGGCAUCUGUGUGGUUUAAUGGCGUGGCAGCUAGGUAUAUAUAUAUACUCGUACAUGUGUAUGCACGAACACCCGGCAGCGAAUUAAUAUAUGUACAAAGCAUUUUUAACACAUUUCUCGGUUGUAGGAUCGAUAAUUUCAGUUGCAUGGUUCAGAACCAAUUGUGAUUAUCUUUUAAAUUAUUUGAUAGCGAAUUGUUUGUGAUAUAUUUCGUUUCAUGCACCACUAUGACAUGUUUAUAACCAUUUUGUUCUAACCAUAUUUUUGUGAUACGCAUUUUUUUUGUAUCUGUACCUCGCCACAUGGUCGUCGGCCCUUCAAAACACCCCCCACCCUUCACUAAUCAGCUUAUCAUUUUUUUGUGCUUUUUUAUUUUUGUUUAUUGGAAAGAAAAAGAAAUUAAAUUAAAUUGCAAAGAAGAAAAAUAACAACGCGAUAGAAAGCCACUGCCACGCCGCUGCAACAGCACACACACUAACACCCAGCUGCACUCAAAGACUCAUACAUAUGUACACCCACACUUACAUAGCAUAUGUGUAGACUUAUAACGGCAAAACAAAAACGAAACGAAGUAAAUGCAAGAAAAAAAAACAAAAUAAUUUCACAUUCAAUUAAAUCAACAUUCUCUUGAUCAUACAAAUCGAAAUGCAGCAGCAGCCACGUCUAAUUUUUAAAUAAUUGUAAUUAUUAUUAAUGAAACCAUGAUUUAAU